CUCACUCGGUCUGGUCUCGGUUCUGUCCGCAGUUCUCUACUUCUCUCUGUGAGUCUGAACCUUUAUCAGUGCUUACUAUUAACCUGUGCUCAGAGCAACAUUCAGUUGCUGAGUUGUUUUGGAUCGUCACAGUUUCGGGUAGAGCAACCCGCCUCUUUGGACCGUUGGUUCCUCCGGAUGGUGGCGUGCGUCCUUCAGGUCCAGCCGCGCUGUCUCUCGCUUCCACUCCCGGCGUGAAGUUAACGGCUGUACCGGGAACUUUGCCGUGUGGAGCGUCCUGACAGAUCUAACAGCUUCAGCGCUGAGAGGUACUUGUCUUCUCUCCCUCCUCUUCCUUUUAUCAACACUUCUUCUUGUCUCUGUCCUGCCUUCAUCCUCCAGCUGCCGACAUCAGUGGAACAUUUCAAUCCCCUUUGAUAUUCAGGUUAAUCUGAUUAUGAAGAUUUCCUCCACGAUGCCUCAAUGACAGCCAAGAUGGAGACUCCUUUCUACCACGACGACUCCCCCGCUGUCCCUGGCUUCAGCCAGAUUGCAGAAUACGAGCGUUACCCAUCAAACAAGAUGCUGAUGAGCAAGAAGGCCAUGUCAGUGACAGGCAGUCAUCACUUCAGUGGUGGUAGUGGUCCAGCAGGAGGAAGGGGUGGGAACCACAACAACCUGGGGCUCACCGGUAACACCUCCCUGAUGACAUCAGUGGCACCCUCAACAGACAUGAACUUGCUGAAGCUGGCAUCCCCCGACCUGGAGCACUUGAUCAUCCAGUCAAACCAGGGACUGGUCACCACCAGUCCUGUAUCCAACUCGACCACCCCCUUCAUUUACCGCAACCAGGCUACCAACGAGCAAGAGGGGUUUGCUGAUGGCUUUGUCAAAGCACUCGCCGACCUUCACAAGCAGAACCAGCUCAUGGGAGGCAGCCCCAUGUCCCCAUCCUCCUCCACUGCUGUCUCAGUGCAGGGACCCUAUCAAAGGAACCUGAUGUCCGGCGGGGAAUUGCCUGUCUACACCAACCUCAGCAGUUACAAUUCGGGCCAGAUGGCAUACUCUGGAGCACAGAUUGCAUACAAUAGCCACGGCCAUGGUGGCGGUGGAGCUGCUCAACACCAUAUCAGAAGCCUCGACAACCCUCAGACUGUCCCUGAGGUAUCUCACCCACCAGGUGACCCCACAUCUCCUCCUUCCCUCUCCCCAAUCGACCUAGAGACACAAGAACGAAUCAAAGCAGAACGCAAGAAGCUCCGUAACCGCAUCGCUGCAUCAAAGUGCCGCAAGCGGAAGCUGGAACGGAUCUCACGGCUGGAGGAAAAGGUGAAGGUCCUGAAGAACCAGAAUGCUGACCUGGCCUCCACCGCCGCACUGUUGCGAGAGCAAGUAACUCAGCUCAAACAGAAGGUCAUGAGUCACGUCACCAAUGGUUGUCAGAUCACUGUUGGAUCAGCCUCUGCUGCCAAAUCCGGAGGAGGGGGAGGAGGCACCGGCAAGGACUCCAGCUGCUGAGGAGGCAAGACAUCAGGAGAAUGAGGUUGUGAAAAUAAGCUGAGAGGCUGAGGGUUUACUUUAUGUUUAUAGCAUGUUGGACAGUAUAAUCAGAGAGUGAGGUGUCACCAAUGUAGGACAGAUAGUUAUUGGUCCGGUAAGCAAAAGCCAGUGCUCAAGCCAGCUUUGAGUAGAAAGAGAAGACACAAAGGAGAAAUCUCUGACAUGACCGACGUUCAAAUUUGAACAAUUUCAAAUAUGAUGGCUACUUUUUGAAGACAGAUUCAAUCUGAAGACACUGUUUUAAGAAGGACGAUUUGUCACUAAGAGUGUGUGUGUGAACCGACACAGCACAUUCACUUGACAGGGGACAUAUAUUUUUUGGAUAAAUUUCAAGUUUCCAAUACAGGAGUUUUUGUGCAGUUUGAACAUUAACCGCACUAGAAAAGGUGGAUAUAAUUUUCCACAAUUGUUCUUUUUUCCUUUAUUAUAUGAACAUUAUUGAACACUUGUUUAUUUAUUUAUUUAUUUUUUAUAUAUAAUGUGACAUUUAUAUUUUACCAUUUAAAGAAGUAGUGAGAAUAUUGCCAAGGUUGCCAAUUGUUAGAAAAGUGUUUUUUAAAUCUCAUUCCCAACUCAUCAUAUUUUAUGUGUUGGGCAUGAGACUCAAAAAUCAACAUAUCUUACAAAUAGCAUCUUUAAUGGUAAAUAAUUAAUGUAUCACGUAAUCAGAGAACGUUGAGUUACAGAGUUGUCUGUAAUUGGAAUAUUGGUGUCAUAACAUAUAGUACUCUGUUUUUUUCAGAACAAUUUUACAUUUUUGUGAAUGCCUAGUCAAAUCAAAAUGGCUGAUGCUGCAAUUUGUUUUGUAAUCUAAGGAGCAUCAUGUUGACAUUGCUGACCCUUUUACUACAUCUCUUUAUAUGUCUGUAGCUAAAGUUCAGCUGUGGUUGGUAAUGAUUUAGUGAUUACUUCAUAUUUUUUAACUUUGAUUCUGUCUGUUGCUGCUGGAAGUGAAGAAAAACAAAAACUUUGAAAGCUACAGUUUGAUCAGUUUUCUUGCAGCUUGUCUUUUUCAGCUGGUGGAAACUAUUUGGAUAGUUUCUGACUCCCUGGAUCUGUCAGGAAAUGUAAAAAAAUGUGGGCCUUAUUGAUAAGAUAGUUUCAGAGAGAUGACAGGAAAUAGGAUGCGAGAGGGGGGUGGCAUGCAGCAAGGGGCCCUGUCCAGACUUAAACCUGGGGCCACUGCAGCGUGGACAAAGCCUCUGCACGUGCUCUACCAACUGAGCUAAUUGGUACCCCAGGAAAUGUUCAAUUUAAAGUGUGUGAGUGAGGAUGGCUGCAAAUGGAUUAAUGUUGGAAGGUGACAUGUGCAAGUCAGAUUUAUGUUUACUUGAAUAUAUUUAAUGAGAGUUUUAAUCCCUCAGUUUAAUGUGAAUGAAUGUUGACAUUCAUUUUUUCUAUAGCAGGAAAACAUUAUCAAACAAAAUUGAAAAUGUCAGAUUCAGUGUUUCAUGUCUUAUUUAUUCUCAUUUCAUAACAACAUUGUGUGAACAAGACUUACCUUUUGAAUAAUAUUUGUUUUAAUGAAUAUAUUGUGAACAUUAUUCUAUACUUGUUAUCCCUAUUCAUCUUCCACACACAGUACAAAGUAAUUUCACAUCAGUAGUAAUCUAAUGAAUUCCUGACCUGUCAUUUUAUUUAUGCCAGUUUGACUUCAAAUUUACAACUAAUUCUGACCCUGUAUCAGAAUUUUAUCUUACUGCUUAAAUCAUGGUCGGUCUAAACAUUGCUUUCCCUUCUUGGCAGUAAUUGGCUACCACAGGUUUUGGUGUACAAGCUGCCAGCUGCCUGAGAAAACCAAGACUCAAUUUUGAGUUUCCGGAAGACCUUUGAGAGGUUGUAAAAAUGUUUAAGUGGGUUCCUGAGGUCCUCCAGAAGGUAGUAGGGGUCCUUGAGGAGCUUAAAAAUGGGCCUUGGGGGUGGGAUAAAGGUCUUUUACAGCAGGUAUUUUCUGGAGUCCUGGAGAAGGUAAUUGAGGUUCUAGAGUAGGUUUCUGAGAUCCCUGACUGAAUAUACCACUAACUGUUUGUGUGAAUACAUUUAAAAUUUGUAAGGUGAAAAGACUGACAGAUUGGGCCUUUCAUAAUAAUAAAUAAAUGAUACGGUAAAUGUGUUGAUUUAAAUUCUCAGACAUUUUCAAGCAUGACAUAAAUGAUCCCUUUCUUAUGUUAAACUCUGUUUUUUGAGGACUUUGUUGUCCAUCUGUAUCAUGUUACAGUUUGUAAAUUGCAGCUGUCAUAUAGGCUUACUAAAAAGAAAGAAAUUGAAUCUGUUUUUUGUAAAAAAAAAAAAUAAAUACAGAAAGAUCUGUAACUUUUUUAAAUGAGCUUAAAUACUCAAGUUAAAAAAAAACAACAAAAAAAAAAACAGUUUCGGCAGCAGUAACAUGUUUCCUGUUUGACAAAUGAGAGACUUUCCUACAAAGUGUUGAUGACUGUCAACAUUUUUAUUUUUAAUUCGAUGCAUCUAAUGAUUCUAUUUUUGUACAAAUGUGUAAAAACUGUUGUAAAUACUAAUCCAAAAUGAUGUGUGUGUAUAAGCUGUUUGACUUGAUCAAACAUUUCAUGUAACUAUUUAUUAUGAAAAUCUUUUGUUAUACAAAUAUGUCUAUUUCUCUCACGCCGUUCUGCUGUGUUGAGAUGUUUCUGUCAAUAUACAAGUGAUGAAGUAUUCAGCUGCUGCUGUUGCUGUUUGUUCAUUCAGGGAUGAAGUGAGUUCAUUCCAUUAAUUUUAGCUGGGUGUCUACAUUUCACAUAUGAAAAUAUGAAUUCUUUGUUGAAUUUGCCAUGAUUUAAAGGUGUUAUUGAUAACAUUCAGCCAAUAAAUGUGACAGUCGAGCUCCCCCUACCAUUGUAUUCAUGUACAAUGCUAAUGUUGUUUGGAUCAUAUGCCCUCUCAAAUGGUUGGCAGUUUGUUGUAACAAUUUUUGCUUAUGCUAGCUAGCUAACCCCAACAUGGCUAACGUCACUUCACUCACAAACAUUGUUAAUUCUAAUGCUAACUAAGGUUAAUGACACUACUGCUACCUAAUAUUAUCAGCACUAACACUAGCUAGCAAACUAGCAGUACUCUACAAAACACAGAUAUCAUGUGAUUCCAACAGCAUCAUGCCCCUAGCUGACAAACCUUGUUAGAGGUCAGAAUUCCAACACAGACACAAACAAAACAGUCAUUUAGGAUGUUGCAAACAUUGUAAAAUUAUUAAUUUACACUCAUAACAAUGUUUUUCAGGAAAAGAGUUAUGUAUUCUACUAGCUGUCGAUGCAAUAUUAAAAAAAAAUUACAUUACCAAUAUAUGACCUUUAAAUUAGAAUAGAUAUCGGUUUCAUGUUGACAUGUUCAGAGAUUACUGUAAUUAUAAUGUAUAUCCUAGACUUCCCUGUUAGCAACUUUUCUGGUUUUGUUUUCACUGUAAAUUUAGACGGGUUAACACAACCAGUUGUAUAAAUACUAACGAAAUCCUUGACCUGCAAAUGUCCAUCUGGGCAUUUAUACUUUCAUAACUAGCUAUAUACGAGAGAAAAACUACUAUGAUAAUACCUCCAUAUAAGGAAGCCUGGAGUCAAAAUGUAUGUUGACAGUCAUAUGUUACAAAAUAAUAGAAUCAACGUGCUGCUCUAUCACCCUGAAAAAGGAGAAAUCCAACAGAGAUGUCUGCAAGCAAUGUAUACUCUCAUCCUCAAAUAAUCAAAAAAAUAAUAAUCAAAUUGUGCAACAAAAGACUGAUCCAAGAAUAUAAUUAUUGACAUUUUCCCCAAUAGCCAACCAAAAUGGUUAACACCAUUAAUACAGUAUGUUAACAAAGAUGGGCUAAAGAGUGAAGCCAUAAACAUGUAAUUUAGCCCUGGUGGCUAAUAGCUGUACAGAUAAAUAAUGCCCCCUUGGUGUUAGUGAAUGAGACAUGGACCAAACUAGAAUCUUAAAGUAAAACACAAACCAUUUUUGCCCAAGAUGUUUUAUUCUGUCAUUUCAGUUCAUUCUUAAGUUAGUUAUUUGAUGCUAUUAAAAGGGGGUAGAUUGUAUCUCGUAGAUAUAUGGACAGGUAAUCGAAACCAUGGCUCUACUGCCAAGUCACUGUUGCGCAGGCUGUGGCUUGGAUUAUUGAUUCCUACAUGUGUUGUUCAGCGAGAUAAUCUAAAGACAUACUAGUGAAUAGCCUAAAUGAGUCUCUGUGUUUGGUGUAAUACUGUUUAAUGCCCUAGAAGUCUUCUGUAAACACUUCUUAACUCCAUGUAUUUAAUGACAUAUUAUAUGUUGUUGCACAAAAAGUGAAAACUGUGUUAGCAUGUUUACCACAGAACUUAAUUCAGGCAUCUAAACAAUAACCCAUUCAAAAAUCCAUUGACUCCAAGGGAACCAGAAGUGAAAAAGUUCUUACCCAUUUCAGGGUUUUCUGACUUAUUUUCAGCAGCACUCUAUUAAAAUGUCUGUACACAAUGUUCACUCUGGCAUCUUUGUCUAGAACAAAUCUUGUGGACAUCUACAAACGUAGCCAGUCUAUCAACUAUGACAUCAGCUGUGUUAAAAUCAUGUUUUUAUACAAACCGCAAGAUGGAAAAAGACUUGAGUCAUUUUAAAAUAAGUUUUGUAGGAAAAUGUCAUUUUCACCAACUGUGACAAAGAGUUCUGGUAUCUGACUGAACAUUGACAAAUUUUUGUGAUGACUGUCUAUUUUCAUAGUCCAUAGUUUUGUAUCCCGUACAGUAUAUAAAAGUACACCAGUGACAAUUUGUUUGCUUGCUGCAAAAGGAAACAGACCAGAGUGAAUGUUGAUGAUUGAAUCUGAGCAUGAAAGAACCAAUUAUUUUUGAUAUUAUGGGAGAAAUGAUGGGGGUCAAUCAGAUCAGGGCUCUGUGAAGGCCCACAUAAAACUGGAAUUUUUUUCAUAAAGUGGAGCUUUAUGACAAUCUGUCCAUUACGGCCAUGUAAAAAUUGAUUUUAGGUUCUGCAUGACCACAUUGUAGUGCAUCACAAGCCUUUUGCAAAAACUUAUAAUCUUUACCCCUGGCAGAAUGUAUUUCCUCAAGUGUGGAUUUAAGACAAGCUGGCUCGCCCAUAUGAGGUCCAGGCCAAGCAGUAACGGCAUGCACAGCUGGUCAUCUCUGACUACAUUUAUGCUGAUGGUGAUGUGUGCAUCUUAGAGUGUGAGGAGCAAGGUGGUCUUCCCUUUGGCUUUACACUCUUGUCCACUGGCCAUAAUAAACCUUG